AUGUACACUCUAGAGCUUCUUACCGGAGCGUUCAUUCUCUCCCUGUACUUGCUCAAGCUUAUCUGGGACUACUUCCGCGAUGCAAAAGGCCUACGAAGAUACCCGAACUACAACCUCCUCUGCGGCAUCUCCAACCUUGGCUGGUGUCUAGUGACCUGGCGGGGAGGGAUCCGAUCGAAGUCCCUCAGCGAGAUGCAUAAGAAAUACCCUGUCAUCCGCAUUGGUCCAAAUUCGCUUUCUUACGGGGAACCAGAUGCCCUCAAAGACAUCUACGGCCACGGCACCAAAUGCGUCAAAGACGUGUUCUACCAAACCGAAGCUGAUACGCACUUCAACCUGGGAAACGUCAUUGAUAAGCAGGACCAUACGCGGAAACGAAAGAUGCUGUCUGGGGCGUUUGCAAUGAAAAACGUGCAGCAGUGGGAAUUUAGAGUGGCGGAGAAAGUGAUGCAUUUUGUUGAAGCCUGUGACAAGCAUUGCACGGAGCCGUUGUCCAAAACAGCUCAGCAACCUGAUCCGAGAGAUACGACAUUCGACUUCCGCGCGUGGUCAAACUUCUUUACGAUUGAUGCAAUUCUUGAUAUUGCCCUGUCGGAGAAACUGGGGUUACUUCGAGCUGGAAGUGACCUUGUGACUGCUCAGACGGUGGAUGGGGUUCAAUAUCAAGUGCCAUUCCGGGAAUGUUUGCACGCAUCCAAGAUAGCACACACCCGAAUCGCCUAUGCGGAUAAGUGGUAUGGGUUCAACAGCAAGUACACGACACGGAUCCUACCGUCCCACCGGAAGCUGUGGAAGCUGAGCCAAGGAUGGGGCGAUUUCGUGAACUACCAAGCGACCAAACGCAUGGCUCGCACGACUCAAGGCGAGAAGUUGGAUGACUUUUUCCAGUACCUGAUGGAUGAUAAGGAUGGAAACCCUCGGAACCUCGAAUGGGGGGAGAUUGCGUCCGAGGUAGCAGUCUUGUUGGACGCUGGCUCUGCGACCACAGCCAUUGCAUUGAACAAUGUGCUAUUCUGGCUGCUGCGAACACCGAGAUGUCUGACUAACCUCCGGGAAGAAGUGGACGCUGUCCUCGAUCCAGACACCGCGGUAGCACCGUACGAGAAAGUGAAAAGCCUCCCAUAUCUGCGAGCAUGUCUGGAUGAAAGCCUUCGCAUUACUCCCCCUUUCUCAUACAAUCUGCCGCGGCGCACCCCACCGGAAGGGGCUACGAUAUUGGGAACCUUUGUCCCCGGCAGCACAUCGGUUUCAAUGUCAUCGUUUGUUGCACACCAUGACGAGCGCAUCUUUGCAGACCCCGAAGCCUUCGUGCCUGAGCGCUGGCUUGGGGAGGAGAGUCGACAGCUGCAAUCGUCUUUUGUGCCUUUCAGUAGUGGUGCAAGAGCGUGUAUUGGACGGAAUCUCACAUAUCUGGAGCAAAGCGUUAUGCUUGCGACUGUUGUGCAUCGAUAUGAUUUUGCUCUGCCGCAUGCGCAGUGGGAACAGGAUCGGGUUGAAGUUACGAAUCUACUGCCAGGACCGUUGCCUCUCAAAGUAUGGAGGAGAGAGUUAGUAUAG